AUGGCAGACUGUAUUGCCAUUUGGGCAACAUGGUACACCCUGUCUCGACGACAUGCAAAUAUACCGAAGAGUAGUAUCUCCCGCGUUCUUCUUGUCGAUGGGACCGUCUAUUUUCUCAUCCUCCUCGUGCUCAACUCAUUGCAUCUGGCUUUCACCAUCCUCUCCCUGGACGUAGACUUCCUCCUCAGCAGCAGCAAUGUCACGAAUUUCACGUAUCCGCUGUCCGCCGUCCUCAUCUUGCGCUUUCUCCUACACCUGCAGUCCGUCAAUCUCCGCGCUCUUGACUUCGGCUCUUCGCGAGCCUUGACGCCAUCCCACUCUAGUUCUAUAGUAUUCGACCGAGUUGCCGGAUCGCUCGGGGCCUCGCUUGCACCAUCAGACUACUUCGGGCCGGAAGACGAGUCUGUGGAGGACGGGGUAGACGGAGGUCAAGACGUAGAAUCCGCGCCGAGAGAAUAG